ACACGUUCAGAUACGACAAGUCACGUACGAUCGGACCUAACACACAAUUGUGACUCGACACGUUCAGAUGCGACAAGUCACGUACGAUCGGACCUAACAGACAGGUGUGACUCGACACGUUCAGAUGUGACAAGUCACGUACGAUCGGACCUAACACACAGGUGUGACUCGACACGUUCAGAUGCGACACGUACGAGUGUGUGACACGUUGUACUGGUGUGACACGUUCUACUGUGUCCCACAUACACACCUCACGUAUGAGUAGUAGACGAGCUACAGAUCACACAUUGAGUAAAACGGAUCACAUAUGGAGUAGUACACAGCACGGUUGGAUGGAGGGCUCAUCGUUUGUCGUGUCGAUUGCAUUCACACACCAACCAGAUGACCAUCAUCUAACCAUGCGUGCAGUAGUACCUAUGCGUCACUGUACUGUUGUGCAUUGGGAAUAGCAUUUAGUCCUUGGUCAGAACAUCAUAUGAAUGCACAUAUUUAUUGCUGUCAGCACAGUAAACGAAGAGAUGAAAAUUACUGCGUAACAAAUAGCUGACUGAUGGCAUACUUUCACUCCUAAUCCCCAUAUAAAUUACAGAUUAUUUACAAAGAAAGUACAGUCUGAUCUCUUAUCGCAUCAACAUCGCCAGAGAAAUGGAAGACGACGAAGUCAGAAAUGAAGCACAGUUUGAACCUUCGGUCCAGCCGCGCUUUGAUGAAAUCACAACUGAAGCACUGGUCACUGAGCAUAAGCCUGUCAUUAUGAAAGACAUGACUAUUGCAUGUUCAAUACAAAGAUUUCUCGCUGUAGUUGCUAAUUUUGACAAGAGUAAGAUAUCACAAAUUGAGAGGAUUGGAUUUGGCCGGAUGCUUGCCCUGCCAGAUAUCACCCUUCACCGCAAACUGAUUGGGCAAAUUGCUGAGAGAUAUGACAGUAAAACUGAAACAAUUAACAUCCAAGGAACAGCAAUACCAAUAACAACCCAUGAUGUGAAGUGUAUCAUGGGGUUGCCUGCGGAUGGUAUGAUUAUCAAGCCAAAGCCUCACAUGAAUGGAGAAGACUACAAAUAUUAUUCAAUGUACAAGCAACAUAAGGGGAAGAACAUUUCCCUACAUGAGUUGGCAAGACAAAUCAAUAGUGCAAAACACCCAGAUGAGCACUUUCUUAGAAGAUUUGUACUAUUCACCAUUGGGUACAUCCUAUGCCCCACCACCAAGCCAAUAGUUAGUUCUCAGUACCUAGCCCUUUUGAAAGACAUUGACAACAUUAAGAACAUCAACUGGGCUAGAAUCACAAGAGAUUACUUAAUCAAUUGUCUGAAUGAAUUGAAGGGAGGAAGGAGAAAUCUAGAAGGGAAUGUACCAUUGCUUCAGGUAUGAAAGUAUCCAUUACACGUCUCCAUUUGCAAUCCACAUUCAGUGAUUCUUGCUCUCUUUUUUUUUCAGUUUUGGGCAUGGGAACAUGUACACAUUAACGAUCCAAUGUGCACACUGACAUACGUUGGAAGGCCACCGCCGCUAAUGGCCUAUUGGAAUGAAAUGAAUGUAAUGACA